AUGUGUUCCUUUCUCGUUUCGUAUCUCUUCGUCUUCUCUUUGUUUAAACAGAAAAGUAACUGGCUGGGUGAAUCCGCCGCUUCGAUUCCGGGACGAGCCUUGCCGACACAAGAUGCUCGACCUCUUGGGCGAUAUCUCGUUGUGCUGUCGAGGUGGCCAUCACGGUCUCCCCGUCGCUCAUAUCUUCGCCUUCAAGGCAAGUCACGCAUUGCACGUAAGGUUCUGCAAGGCGCUUCUUCGAACCCACGAAGAAUCCUCAGACGCUUAGGGUUCUUCCGAACUUCAAUGCUCACCGGAGCAACGAGAAGGCUGCACAAGAUCGUGGGUGCCGUGAGGUUCGUCGCUGGUUUGGGCUUCUCUACGCAACCCUCACCGCAAGGAACAGGAGGCGGCAUUGACAACGUAGCCUACCACAUUCGACACAGAAAGAGGAAACCGAGGAAGAACACCAUCGACGUGAGCACCCCUCCAGCGGCUUCUCUCGACACCCAGCUAGUUAAUCAAGUGGUGGCAGUGCUCAACGACACCGUUUACCUGGAAGAUCUGGACGAGAAGCUAGAUGGAGUGAGAACGAAGCUCUCGUCACCUCGAGACGUUGCCAUGGUGCUCAAGCUCGUCCGCGACACGAGGCUGGCAAAUGGAUUCUUCGACUGGGCCAGGAAACAAGGCGACGUCCCUUUGAAUCUGGACACUGCGCUCACGAUGCUCCACAGGCUCCUGGUGGCUCGAAAAUGGGGUGCUCUCAACAGCCUGGUAGACUGGAUGCACGACAACAGCUUUUACCUCGACUUUGGCUUGUUCGAGGCCGUGAUCAAGGAGGCCUCGGACGCUCAGCAGGUGGAAGUUUGCGAGAAGUGGUAUGGCCUCAUGCAGCAGAUCAACGUAGCUCCCAACUCCUUCAUCUGCAACCUCAUGAUCCGGGUGUAUAGUCGAGAUGGUCGAGGCAUGGACGCGCUCAAGAUCUUCCAGGACAUGGAGGACAGCAAAGUGAGGCCCACGGUGGUGACGUACAGCCAGCUCUUUUCAGUUUGCAAGGAGAUACCCGGCUCGUCCAGCAUCGUGCGAACGCUUCUCAACCGGAUGAAGCUCCAGGGCAUCAAGCUGGACAAGAUCGCGUAUACCAGCCUGAUGAACGUCUACGCCAAGGCCGGCCAGACUCAGCAAGUGGAGGACCUCUUCCAGUCCAUGGCCGGGUGCCAGAUCCAGCCCGACAUCUAUCUCCUCAACUGCGUGCUUGAGUCCUACGUGAGAGCCGGCAAGCUGGAGGAAGCUGUCCGCGUCUUCGACGAUUGCAUCCUCGGCUCUGGGAACCGGCCCAACGAGGCAAGCUACGUGAUCAUGCUGGGCCUCUACUGCAAGGCCGGCCUCUACGACAAGGCUCUGGAGCUGCUCAAGACGAUCGAUCACGACAGUGUGAAGCUCGGCGAGCAGUUCUUCAUCACCUUGAUCAAGGCUUUCUCGGCGGCGCAGUGCUGGGACGACACCAUCGCGGUGUUCAAGGAGAUGCAGUGCUCGUCGUGCCGGAUACGAGGCAGCGUGUACGUGGAGCUGCUCGAGGUGUGCUUCAAGGCCGGGUACUAUGAUUCGUGCGUGGAGUUUUUCGCGGCAGUGCUGGACAAGGGGGUGAACCGGACGCCUGGGGUGUACGAGACGAUGAUCCGGGCUUACGAGCAGAUGGGCCAGAUGGAGGAGAUCUCUCACGUCUUUGUCUACAUGCAAGACAUGCUCUGCCCAUUCACGGCCAGUGUCUACGACUUACUCCACGGCAUCUUUACCAGGACUGAGAACGUGCAGAUGCUUGAAGCGCUGGAAAAUGUGAGGAGAGCUGGGAAACUUAUUGUUCAUGGUCUUUGAUGAAGAUUAUUACCUUCCUAGAAAUUGAUUCCAUAUACUAUGCUAGAAAUACUUCUAUUUGUAAUAAUCAUAUAGAAAUAUAACGCAUUGUUUACCUUUCA